AUGAGUAGUGUGGUUAAUAAAAGUGGGACACGUUUUAUUCCUAAGGUAAGACAACGUCGUUCUCAAGCACCUGCUAGACCUGUUAUAUCUAAACCUGUUCCUGUGGUUAUGAGAGACACUGUCCUAGGUUCAAAUAAAAAUAAUGAUACAGAUGAUAAUCACAAUGACGAUAUAUUGGAGGGUGCUACUCAGGUUGCUACUAAUGAGAAGCAUAAAGAUAAACUAAGUGAUACACAGAUGGGAACAAAUGACGUAAAUAAUAGUAAUCGUAAUGCUGAUAGUAAUAGCACUGGUAAUAAUGAUAGUAACAGCAACAGCGAUGGUGACGGUGAAACACAAUUAUCUCAGGAGAAUACUCAAGUGGAAACAAGUUAUGAGAAUGAUGAUUCAUUAGCAAAUACAUUAGUUGCCCAUUCUAAAAAGUUAGGGCCACCAGAUAAGGAUACUGCAAAUGUAUUAAAUUUCAAGAAUAAGGAUCUGCAUCUAAAUGACUUAGACAAGAUCUCAACAAAUAAAAAUUAUAAUAAAUCUAAUAACGAAUCUUUCAACACAAGUAGAAAACGUUUGUCUAGUAUAUCAAACACUGCACCUGGUAAGCCACUACACAGUUCAAUAUCUAUCAAAAAUGAGGAUGCAACUUUAAACACUUUUAAGAGAAGAAAAUUGUCCACCAAGACUACCUUAUCUAAAAAAAUGGGGUCAAAAGUUUCGUCAAGGAGUGGAAAAAGUACUGUAUCAAAGAUCUCUGUACCUUCAAUAACAGGGAUCCCUAUACCAACAGGUGAGACUUUUAAUAGCAACAGUACUAGAAAUGGUGACAAUGAUACAAAUUUAGAUGGUGAUGAAGAUGAAUCUCUUCAAGGAGCAUCAGAUCAAUAUAAAAUGCAUGUGAUCAAAAGUGUCAGGGAGAUUCCAAAUGAUAUAGAAGAUAAAGAUUCCUCUAAAUACUUGAUUGAUGAGAAUAAUUUCACAAUAGCGGAAUUGUGUAAAAAAACAUUACCUAUUGGUGAAAUCUCUGAUAAUUUUGAAAGAUCUAAGAUGGCAUAUAAGGUGAAGUUACAAAGACGUAAAGAAUUAAGAGAAUUGAGACAAAGGGCUAGAUCCGAGUUUAAGUCUUUACAAGAAUUAAAUAAAGAAAAUGAAGAGUUGGAGAAACAACGCAGAAAGGAGGCACAGGAGGAAUUGAUGAAUGCUGAGAUACCAGAGGAAAGAUUUAAUCAGACUAUGAAAUUGAAAUUGAAUGCAGACGGUACCAUUGCGGUGGAUGAAGAAUCUACUGUGGUUGAUAGACAUAGAAAUGCAAGUUUGGAACAUGCUCAGAAGAAAAAGGUCGAUGAAAAUCCGUUCAAUAAUUUAUUUAAUAAUGGUUCAUAUGGUAAAAAUUCUUACACAGAUCCAUGGACACCAGAUGAAAUGGUUAAAUUUUACAGAGCCUUGUCUAUGUGGGGCACUGAUUUUAACUUAAUCUCCCAGUUGUUUCCAUAUAGAACACGCAGACAAGUUAAAGCUAAAUUUAACAAUGAAGAAAAGAAGCAUCCACUAAUGAUAGAGUUGGCACUUAGGUCAAAAUUACCUGCUGAUUUUGAACAAUAUUGUCGUGACAUAAGGAAAAAUAUCCCUACUUUAGAAGAAUUUGAAGAGAAAAUUAAAUCUCUACAAAAUGAACAUCAAUUACAUAUUAAAGAAUUAGAAGCUGCUAAACACACUGCUAAAUUAGAAGAUCAAGAUAACGAAAAAGAAUUUGAAAAUAAGAAUUUGGAUAAUAGAAGAGGCGCAGGAGGAUUCACAAAUAGGGAUUUACAGACAUAUAGAAAGAAAGAAGUCAUUCUUGGCACUAUUGAUGAUAUCAAAAGAAAGAGAGAAGAGGAGGAGAGAAAGAUACCUGAUGAAGAUGAAGACGAAGAAGAAGAAGAGAGCGAGGAAGAGGAAGAAGAGGAGGAAGUAACUAAAAAGGAAGAAUAG